AUGGCCUCUCCUCCCAAGCAAUUCGUUUUCAAAGCCUCUGCCAUCGCUCGCAUACAUACCUGUCUUGCGUUCGCCGCAUUCCUAGGUGCUCUCUUUCUGGGAUGCGCAUUGCAUUACAAGAAGAUUGUCAAAAAUGGCGUCGCUGGCUAUCCUGACGAAUGGUUUCCCUCUGUCUCCGCAACUAUUGGCGACUGGUUCCCCGAACGGAACGUCUUCCAGAUCCUCAUUGCCUUGAACUCCGGACCUAGAUUUGCUGUGGUUCUUCUCCAGUACUAUUUGCAUCGCACAGAGGAAUCUCGUCUACCAGCGGUUGCGAUGGUCGUGGGUCUGCUUCGGACCUUGGCAUGCGGAGGAUGGGUGUACAUUACUUCCAACGAUGAUCACGACGCACACGACAUCCUCAUGAUAAGUUAUAUCGUGUGCAACAUACCAUGGAUGUCCAUAUGCACCGCUUGUACUCCUCCACAAAGUGUACAAGCUCGACGUAGAAGGCGCAAUACGGCUUCAGCAUUCUUUAUUUCAAUGAUACCUAUGAUAUACUUCUUCAUCCAGCACAAAGUGCACCGUAUCCCCGGAGCGUACACUCGAUAUAGCUUCUUCGAAUGGGGGCUCAUAUUCUUCGAUAUCAUGUACGACUCGGCUGUUGAACUGGACCUCAAGGCGGCCAACCUCGAAGUUGUCGUGCUUACUCCCAGCAGAUCUGAUGGGGUGGAUGAUAUGAAACAUGUGCUGAAUCCGAAUGUGACAGCUGUCACGCGUGUAAGAACACCGUCUCCAGUACCCUUUAUACCUGUUUCUCCCGAGAAAAAUCCGUCUGAGCCAGCAAGGCCUCUUGACAUGAAGAAACCCGCGAAACCGCCUUCACGUGUUCGGGCCAGCUUGGUGCAGUCCAGCGUCAUCAUUGACUUCUUGAGUGACUUAUACCUUUCGUUUGUUUAUUGGUCGAUCUUGACAUCCCUAACCCCCACUCUGUUCUAUUUUUCCGUCUGGGAACUCAGCCUCACGGGUUCUGAAUUGUCCCUUCUGUCCACCUUGUCGCCACUGUUACUCGUGAUUCCAUCAUCUUUGCGAUGGAGCGCCUCGCUGGUUGGCAGAACCAUCCUGCAUUCACUUUCACUCAUUGGGUUAGGAGCGUAUGCGUUAGGUGAUCCUCUGCACAGACUUUUUGCAGUGAUGUUUGCCACGGCAGUCAGCAAUGUCGGAGCUGCAGCUGAUUGGUUUGGUCGAGACAAUAGUCAAGUCGGACAUCAAGGCCUCCUCUUGGGCUUGGGGUUCAUGCUAUCGUCACUCGCGAAGCAUGCCAACCAUUCCGUUAAUCCAGUAUGGCCUAUCGUCCACGAACAGUCCGGUGGAUACAACAAGACCGGCAUUUUCUUGGCCUGCCUUGCCAUCUACAACUUCUACACUCGACGGACCACGUCUUCGCCGGUGACAUCUAGCACGCGACAUACCUCAUAUACGGGCGACUGGCUUUUAUCUGGGCUUGCACUUGGAAGCUUGAUCUUCACCUUACACUACCUUUUAGGGGAUUCUGCCACACUCAUUGCGUGGUCUUGGACAGGAUACCCCAUUCAAGGGCCGGUACCGAAUCUUCACGGCUCUCUCACACAUGUCGCUCAGGCUCUCGGGCUUGGUAUCCCUGUAGUUCUAUCUUUACUCUCCGACCGUGGUCCGGAGAUUCUGACACAUCCUGUGUGGUUUGCGUAUGGUAGUGUCAGCGCAUACGUCAUGUACAAGUUCAAGGAUUGGUUAGGCUUCGCAGGCGGCCUGAACUUUGCCAUCUUUCUCAUGUCUAUCAUUCCCACGGUUCUCCAACAUGCGGUAUACACACAGAAAGUAGUCAAGACUUGUGCCACUGCCUGGCUCCUUGUUUGUGCAUUCUAUUUUUCCAGCGUGUUUACAGUCGCAUACGCAUUCGUACCUGGCGGUGAAUAUUUCCGCGAACGGACAGACUUAGUUCUUUUUGCGCAGGUAGUUGGUCUGGCUUUCGUGUUUCGAUGGCCUCACGUACUUCCUCCCGUCCCGACCUUCACUCUUUCUGGGCGGACGAGGUCGUCCGUUGGUAGUUCGCUUGCCGUUAUUACAAUUACUUCACUGCUCGUCACGAUGUACAGGUGGCCAUUUGUUGUCCCGAAACCUCACAGAGCUGGGGCUCGGAUCGUCCGAGCUGGCAUCUGGACCGUCCACUUUGGCAUUGACAACGAAGGCAGGGACAGCCAACGUCGCAUGGGGGACUUAAUAAAGGACAUGGAACUGGAUGUUGUCGGUCUAUUAGAGACCGAUUUGCAUCGUACUGUCUUCGGUAACCGAGACCUGACACUUCUUAUAACAGAAGAGUUGGGUUAUUUCGUAGACAUUGGUCCCGGACCUAACAGUCACACCUGGGGUGCUGUCCUGUUAUCCAAAUUUCCGAUCAUCAACUCGACUCACCAUCUCCUUCCUUCACCUCAUGGAGAACUUGCUCCUGCGAUCGAAGCCGUUUUGGACGUCUACGGCACAGAAGUCACCGUGCUUAUUGCACAUAACGGACAAGAGGAAACACCUCUCGAUCGCGAGCUGCAAUCCAAGGAACUGGCGCAAAUCAUGGCCAAGUCAUUCCCUCGUCCUGUGAUCUUCCUUGGAUAUGUGGUGACAAAACCGCUUGCUCCGAGGCCGGCUCCUUACGAGAUCAUGGUAAUAGACGGUAAAGUGAACGAUAUUGAUCGGCAUGAUUGGGACCGCUGGUGCGAAUACAUCUUCUAUCGAGGAUUGUAUCGCACAGCGUAUGCUCGGGUGUCUAGAAGUACGAUCACAGACACAGAGCUUCAAAUUGGGCAGUUUGUUGUACCCAAACACGGGUUCUUCGUAACUAAUGAUACGGAUGAAGCUCAGUAUCUUCGUGCAUGGAAGGAAGAGCUACCGGAAGAUCACUGGUUGCCGAUGGCGUAUUAUCCGGAACAGGGGGGUAAACGAGGACAUUUCUACCACGUGUUCAAUACGCCAUUGUACUACAAAAUACCCGAGGGGGCAGUGUUAUAG